GCUGAACACGGCUGGCAGACAUAUAAUAACAUGGCGAGCAGCCUUUGCCUGGCUCGACCUCUUUAUGAGAUCUGUUAUCACUCACAUGAGAUCUAUACAGCGCAUUGCACUCCCUUCUACUGCCGCAUGAAGUUGUAAAGGUGUCUGAGAAGUUAUCAACAUAUGCAAAAUUGAAGUCCGACCAAUCUUUGACUCCGAUCAAUCCGGAACUAUUCAUUUCUUGAACCUGGAUGCAGAAGAUCAUGGCUGAAGAAUGGGACGCUAUCGUCAUUGGAUCUGGCAUCGGAGGCAUGACUGCCGCGACACUGCUGGCCCAAGUAGGCAACAUGAGGGUGUUAGUCCUCGAGAAGCACUCUGAACGCGGAGGCUUGACGCAUACCUUCCGUCGCGAUGGCGCAAGUUGGGAUGUAGGAGUGCAUUACAUUGGAGAUAUGCAGCCAGGGUCGCAUGUUCGCGGGUUGUUUGACUUUCUGUCUGGUAAAGCACUCACUUGGAACCCCAUGCCGGCCGAUUUCGAGCGAUUCAUCUACCCAGGACUCAAGUUGGCCCAGCCAUCAAAUCCAAAACAAUAUGAGGACCGUCUGAUUAAACGCUUCCCAGACGAAGCUGCAGCGAUUCGGCGCUAUUUUGUGGACGUGAUGGCGGCGGCCAACUGGCUUAGCAGUGGCACUUUUCAAGCUGUAUUGCCGUGGCCGCUCAGCUUUCUGCUUUCACAAUGGCGUCGCUUUGGCUCUCAGAAGGCAAUGCAGACAACGGGUGAAUACCUGAAUCGCCAGUUCGUGUCGGCCGAGCUCAAAGCCGUGCUUGCCUCACAAUGGGGUGAUUAUGGAGUGCCCCCGAAUGAAAGUGCCUUUGCGCUACAUGCAACUGUCGUUCGGCACUACCUCCAUGGAGCUUGGUUCCCAUGUGGAGGGGCGAGCCGCAUCGCCAGGACCUUUGAAGUCGGCGUCGAAGCCCAUGGCGGUGCCGUCAAGGUGUGCCAGGAGGUGACAUGCGUUCUCAUCGAGGGCAGUCGUGUCGUAGGCGUCAAGGCCCUGGACGGGCGUGGAGUGAAGCGCAGAGAAGUCGUCUACCAUGCCCCUAUAGUCAUUUCAAACGCAGGCGCGGGCCCGACAUAUAACACCCUAUUACCCACAACUGGUGAAAUCGGUCGGCAGACGGCAGAAAUCCGGCGUGUUAUUGACCUCCUCUCUGAUGGAAUAUCGGCUGUUGUUGUGUACCUUCGACUGGAAAAGCCGGUAACGACACUUGGUAUCCAUGGGGAGAACUACUGGAUCAACACGACGUUCAAUCACAAUGACAUUGACGCACAAACAGCUGCGAUACUGGAGGGAAAGCCUCAACAUGCUUACAUGUCGUUUCCCUCCGCCAAGUCAGGAGACGAAAGAUUCCAUACCGCCGAAAUCAUCGCCUUGAUCAAACCCGAAGUUUUUUCCAGUUGGCGUGGAACAAUGCAUGGCGCACGUGGGACGCAGUACAUCCAACUCAAGCAACGCAUCUCGCAAGGCCUGAUAGAUUUGGCUGAGACCUAUGUGCCUGGUAUCAAGGCAUUGGUACACUAUUUUGAGGUGUCGACGCCUCUCUCGGUCGAGGACUUUACUUCUCAUACAACUGGCGCAUUUUAUGGGUUGAAAGGGACGCCGAAGAGAUACUCUUCUUCGGUCCUUUCUGCACCUUCGCCCAUUGCAGGCCUCUAUCUCAGCGGGUGCGAUGCAUGCAAUCUCGGGGUUACCGGCGCAAUGAUGGGUGGUGUUGUAGCAGCGAGCCGAAUAUUUGGACCCCUGGGCUUCUUCCGCGUUAUGAGAGCUGUGCGCCGCGGAAAGUCCAGGAUGGAGAUACCAGUGACUGAAACUCUGUCCUCACAUGAAAAGAAAUGCGCAAGGCUUGUGUCCAAGAAUGCAUUGACAGAAUUCAUCUGGCGUCUUGAAUUCGAACUUGACGAGUCGAUUCAUUGCGCGCCUGGACAAUAUGCUAUGGUGUUAGUUGCGCCGUAUGAGUGGCGGUAUUAUUCAAUUGCUGGGAUCGAAGGCAAACGCUUCACGCUACUCGUCAGCACCCGCACAGGCGGCGACGGUUCAAUAUUUGCGAGGGGGAUUCAGCCGGGCCAAGAGACGAAGGUGGAGCUCCCGUAUGGUUCUUUCCAGCUGCAGCGCAACACACACCGGAAAGUUUUUGUUGCGACUGGAACUGGCAUUGCACCAUUCCUGCCAAUGUUUGAAGCAUUAGCCUCAUCGAGCGAACUCGAGUCGGCCGAGCUGCUCUUCGGCUGCUAUCAUGCAGAGGACGACAUCACGCACAACUUCGAAACUCUGCCUCGGACUACGGUCUGUGUUGAUGGCGAUCCGUCCGCCAGGGGAGUAUUUCACGGACGAGUCACAGAUAUCCUCACCGACCUGAAAUUCGAUCCAGCAACGACCGACUUCUAUAUUUGUGGAAUUCCAGCUAUGAUGGACAGUUGUCGGACGAUUCUUGCACAUGCAGCCGCAACUCAGGUGUUGACUGAACCUUUCUAGCUGUUGGACCAGUUUGAGCCACCAGAAAAAGUGGAGUGGCGUCUUUCCCUGGGUGUAAUAUAAUCUGGGAUUCUCCUUGUAAACCCGCCGGAUUUGGAGAAAGAGUCAAGCGGCUCUAGCUCUUGUAUUAUGACUGCUCGUUGGCUAGCAGCCGAUAAACUCAGUAGUACGUAGAACGAAGGGCACCUGAGGAGUGAGAGAAAGAAUCAGGCACAGUCCAAGGGAAGAUUAAUAAUGUACGCUGGUGC